CAUUUCAUCCCUCAACAAAAACAGUUACUGUUCUCUUCUCCUUUUUUUCUUGAUCAUGACCAUGGCGAUCAUUACAUUCUCCUAUUUCCUUUUACUUCUCCUAACGCUGGCCUUAUCCGACGUCGGAGUAAACUAUGGUAGAAUCGCCAAUAACUUACCACCGCCAGAGGAAGUCGUGCAGCUCCUCAAAUCCAAAGGCAUCAACAAAGUCAAAAUCUACGAUGUCGACCGCCAAGUCCUCAAGGCCUUCGCCUCCUCCGGCAUCAGCCUCAUCGUCUGCAUGCGCAACGAGCUCCUCCAGCAAGCCUCCCGCGACCAACGAUUCGUUGACAAAUGGGUCUCCGACAACAUCGUUAAAAAUCUCCCCAAAACCAAAAUCGAAGGCAUCGCCGUCGGUAACGAAAUCAUCGACGAUCCAAAAACGUUGCCGUUUCUCGUCGAGGCAAUGAAGAACGUUUACGACGCAUUGGUUAAAUCCAAACUCGACUCAACAGUCAAAGUUUCCUCUCCCGUCUCUUCAAGUUGUUUUAACGCCUCUUACCCGCCAUCCGCGGGCAAGUUCAAACCAGAACUCAUCGAAACCGUGCUCAAACCCAUGUUGGAUCUAAUCAGAAAAUCUGGGUCAUACUUUUCGAUUAACUUGUACCCGUUUUUCGCAUACAAGGCCAACCCCAAAGAAAUCAACUUGGACUACGCAUUGAUGAACCCCAACGACGGAGUUUUUGAUAAUGUCUCCCAAAUAAAAUAUCCUAACAUGAUCGAGGCACAGAUCGACGCAACGUACGCCGCCCUAGCAGCCAUCGGAUUCAAUGAUGUGAAGCUGGUUGUUACGGAAAGCGGGUGGCCUUCCGCCGGGGGCAAGAAAGAGAUUGGGGCCAACAAGAAGAAUGCGGCGGCGUUUAAUGGAAAUUUGUGGAAGAGAUUCAAGGGCGGCGUUGGCACCCCGAAAAGACCUCAAGAUUCCAUUACAGUUUACAUCUUCGCUUUGUUUAAUGAGAAUCAGAAACCUGGUCUCCGUUCAGAGAGGAACUAUGGAUUGCUUUACCCUGAUAAACACGGAGUUGUACGACAUGCCGUUCAGAAACUUGUCCCGAUUCAGAGCAGCAUAAACUUUGAGGUGAUCCAAAUGGGAUCUAUCAAAUCAUUUGAUUCGUUUAUAUGUUAG